UCUUGCCCGUUUAAAUUUUGCGCGUUGUCCGAGUAUAUUCGAAAUAAUAAAUAAUAAUAUAAUAUAUCGUGUGUGUGUAGGUGUGUUAUGUCCACGUCUUACAAGCACAGUAUUUUAAAAAAUAUAUAUUAAAUUAAUAUUUAUAUUAAGCAUAUUAUUUUCGAGAUACACGCGAGUCGCGCUGCACCGUGAAAAUCGUAUUGAAUUAUUUUUACAAUAAUAAAAUUAUAUUAUAUUAUAUUGUAUAGACAUAUAAUACUUACGUUGAAUACUUAGAAUACCUAUCUACGUGAAUUGAUAUAAUUUUACAAUAAUAAAAUAUUCAUCGACGGCAUACUUUACCCGCGACGGUAGCAAUAGUGAUUUUUCUUUCUCGUUCGGUCGCGAAUUAGGACACAAAUAUAGGGGAAAAAGAAGAGGGAAAAGCCGUCGUUUUCCUUUUUAGUUUGUCGUUGUCGUUACAUUAUUAAUAUAAUUUUUGUUCCUCCGCCACCGUUCGGAAAACCGAUCUCAGCUAGGCCACCAUAAUCGCGUUCAAUAUCUAAAUACACUCGCGCAAACUUCGUUGCAGUCACCGCACCGCCGUCUUCGCUGCCCACACGCUGCGGACUCAUGGAAGUUACACGGUUGUCACUGUGGGUCCUGAUCGCGUUGGCCGCCGUCCUGCGACCAGCCCGAACUCAGUCAUCAAAGCCAAACAUCGUUUUCAUUAUGGCCGACGAUUUGUCUCUCUUCCAUUCCCCACCUCUMCCACCGAAUAUUUACCCACGGGACAUCACCUGUCUAUACCGUUCUAAUGCAUGCAGUAUGCAAGGUCCUCCAACUUAUGGUGCCGAACCGAACGGCUUGCCGCUGUCCGAGAAACUGUUACCGGAAUACCUCAGAGAAUUGGGAUACACGACUCGAGCUAUUGGCAAAUGGCACUUGGGUUUCUACAAACCAGCCUAUACCCCCACACGGCGAGGUUUCGACUCACACUUUGGGUAUUACACCGGAUACAUCAGUUACUACGAUUAUAUACUCCAAGACGUCUACCAAAAUUUCGGCGAAUUCCACGGGUUUGACAUGCGACGAAACGACACGAUCGCAUGGGACGUGGUUGGCAAGUAUGCUACAGACGUGUUCACCGACGAGGCUGUGCGAUUGAUCAAAGAACAGCCGGCCAACCAGCCACUGUUCAUGUAUCUAGCGCACGUGGCCGUCCACACAGGCAACAGGGGUAAGAAUUUAGAGGCACCGCAAUCCGAAGUCAACAAAUUUAAUCACAUUUUGGACCCAAACCGCCGAACUUACGCAGCGAUGGUAUCCAAACUAGAUGAGUCCGUGGGUCGAGUAGUGGAGGCGCUAACAGAAAAGAGAAUGCUGCAAAACACUAUAAUCGUGUUUAUGUCAGAUAACGGGUCGCCAUCGUUCGAUAAUUCCGGUCGGAAUUUCGGACCCAACGUCGGCGUAACGCCAAACUGGGGUUCAAAUUUCCCGUACAGAGGAAUAAAGAACACGUUGUGGGAAGGCGGAGUUAAGAGCGCGUCAUUUAUCUGGGCUCCAUACUUCCAGGAAAAUCCUCGAGUUUCCAAACAGCUCAUGCACAUUACCGAUUGGUUGCCGACGUUAUAUUCAGCUGCAGGUGGAAAUCCAGGAUUUUUGCCAAAAAAUCUGGAUGGACUCGACCAAUGGACAUCGCUCACGUUAAAUUUACCAUCGCAACGUAAUUUCGUAUUACUAAAUAUAGAUGAAAAAAAACGUUAUGCAGGCAUUAUCAAAGACAACUGGAAAUUAAUCGUCGGUUCGACAGCGAACGGGUCACUAGACGGGUUCUUCGGGGCGACCAGACCUCGGACUGCGUACAACGCUACCGCGGUUCUGUACAGCCCGGCCGGACGCGCCCUCGCCCGACUGUCCGACUCGCUGCCGUUCGCCACAGGUACGAACGGUGUCCUCGACCUGUUGGCCAUGCGGUACGAGUCGACGGUCCGGUGCAACCCGUCGGCCGCGGGACCGCGCACCCCGUCGCCGUGCCCGGCCGGCGAGGCGUGCCUGUUCGACCUGGUGGCCGACCCGUGUGAGACCAACAACGUGGCCAAAAAAUACGUGGCCGUCAGUGGACAGCUGUACGAGGCGCUCAAGUACUACAGACGGCUGCUGGUACCUCAGACCAACCGGCCGUUCGACCCGGCCGCCAACCCGGCCCGGUUCAACAACACGUGGACCAGUUGGACGUACUGACCGACCGACCGAUGAUCAUCCGACCGACGCAUCGUACCUAUAUAACGUUAGACGGGGCUGUGGACCGAAUGCACUGUAUUAUUAUAUUAUCAAAGAUUCACUCAAAACGGAUUCCGAUGCAUGAUCAUAACAUACACUAAAAUACGCGAUYAAAAUUAAGUAUAUCGAGUCUUAUUAGUUUUACUGCAAAACAAACGAAAACCCAUAAUAUGUUUUCUAUACGUUCAUGCAUUAUUUUAGCUGACGAAAAUAUGAUWUAGGUAAUUUGUGGGAGAUGAUUCGAAUUUGAUCAAAUAUUUUUUGACACAAUAUGGUUAGGACAGUUUAAUCAUUGGUGCAUAAUAUUUAAACAAUACUGCAUUUUUUUAAGACCAAAUUCGUGUUUUUGAUUUUUUACAAAAAAAAAUUCAUGCUUAUAUUGAACAAUUUUUAGCGCAUUCAAUUCACUGGCCCUUAGUAUGCUGUAUAAUACACUAUAUGUUUAAAUGUAUUGUUACGUCUUAGUAGACUAAUUAAUUUAGUGCAGAAAAACAGAAAGUAUAUAUUCUCUGUUAAUGUGUAGGUACAGUAAUCAGAUGAAUAAUUAUAGCUUAACAUUCUCGAAGUAAUUUACAACUUAACACGUGACCUUGCGUAAGCAGUUACCUACUAUGUUAUUGUUGUAGUACGAUUACUAUAAAAUGUAGUGAUAUCGUAAAACGGUCAAAAACAAUAAGCCUUAUUAAUUUCUGCAGAUUUUCAGACGAGAUAAACAAUUCGUUAAAAUGUAUUUAUUCCUAUCACUAUAAUUAUAUAAACACUCCAGAAAUACCAAAUAAUACCACAUAUAGACUGUAACCAUAAUAUUAAACAAACAGAUCGGUUAGACUGCCGCUUUACAGGAAGAGUUGCACCCACUUCAUAAUAUGUUUGGUGCCUGUUUGCCAUCUCGACAUUUUGUAYCUUUCCGGAGAAUUAAUAGUAAGCGUGUACUUGGUGUCCUCUUGAGAACCGUAUUGUUAAACAUUGCUAUAGGUUCUCGUCCAUGUAGUUGUAAUAAGUAUAUUUUUAUUUUGUGUAAUUUAUUAAUAUUACAUUUCCUUAUAUUUAUUGUACUGUACGUCGGAUGAAUUCGUUAAUCAUACUUUUGAAUGCUUAUAUUGAUAAGUAACUUAAUAUAAAUAAGUAUCGAAGUGUGUAAUAUUAUAUUCAAGAUACAACAAAGUACGAUUCCAACUUACCAAAGAAAUUAAUUUUAUCGAACAAUUUUGUAUAAAAUUUAAUUGUGAAGAAUUUACAU